AUAACCUUUAAAAAAAGUUGUGCGCGAUUGAUGAAAACAGUGAUUUUCUUAUAAAAUAUGCAUGUUAUUCAAGACUUACUAAAUCUUAUAAAUAAAGGUGAAGAUUUACUAGUGCCAUUUGCAAAGAUCCAUCCACAUAUUAAAGAAUUAAUGAUAGAAUGUGAAUCAAUUACAAGCGGUAAAAAAGAUGUAACAAAUUGCAAUUUGAGGCAAAUUGAGUACAUUUUGUGCUAUUUACACGAUCAUUUGAAUAUUGGCAAAUGGGAUGAAGUAGCAGAAUACUACAGACAAGCAUAUACAUCCGCUAGUUAUAUGAAAACAUUAAUUGUUUUACAAUUAAACUCUUCCUUCAAUAUUGAUAAAAAUAUUGAAGUCGUUAAAACAGCUCUUCAAGUAAUUGAUAAAGGUUUCUUAUUGGGAUUGCCCCUUGUGAGUAAUUUAACAUUACUUACUGAUUGUGCUAGAAUACUUACAAAAUAUGUGAGUGAAAAUUCGGUUUCAAGUAGUAAAUUUAACCAAACUGAAGAACUAUCAAGUUUCCCGCAUAAAAAACAGAAAGUUGAGCACAAAGUUCCUGUUUCUGGUCGCCCUAUAGAUGGCGUUGUGUGUCCUUCAAUCGAAAUGUUUCGGAAAGAAUAUUUUACACCAGAAAAACCGUUGGUAAUUCGUGAGGGUAUGACAACAUGGCCGGCAAUGACCAAGUGGCUAGAUAUAAAUUAUUUGUUGAAUAUUGGUGGUGACCGCACAGUGCCUAUAGAAAUUGGUAGUUCGUAUUCGUCAGAUGAUUUCUCACAAAGAUUGAUGACUUUUCGUGAUUUCAUCAAGAACUAUUACAACGCAGAGGACGGAAAAGAAAUUGGAUAUUUAGCUCAACAUGAUCUACUAACGCAGAUUCCAACGUUGAUUGAAGAUAUAAAAGUACCAGACUACUGCUGUUUGAAACGAAUACAAGAGUCCGAUGAUUACAAUGAUAUCGACGAUGUUGAACCUGAAAUAAACGCAUGGAUAGGUCCAAAAGGCACCGUUUCUAGUUUGCAUUUCGAUCCAAAAGAUAAUCUGCUUUGCCAAGUGUACGGCGCGAAACAGAUAAUCAUGUUUGCACCUAGCGAUACGAAAUAUUUGUACGUGUAUGAUGAUAUGCCAAUGUUGAGCAACACAUCGCAAGUUGACCCAACGAAUCCAGAUCUGUCGUCAUUCGCAGAGUUCAAAAAUGCCACGUUGUACACGUGUAUUCUGCAAGCUGGCGAAAUGGUUUACAUCCCACCAAAAUGGUGGCAUCAUAUCAUCGCAUUGGAAAAGAGUUUCUCCGUGAAUUUCUGGUGGCAAUGAAUGGUAAGACUCUAAAUUAUUAACAAUAUUUAUUUUGAUAUCCGCUAAACUACAUGAAAAUACUCUCAAUCACAUCCCAUUCACCAGUCAUUAGAAAAGUACACUUGCCACAUCUAAGAAAUAAAUUAUUUUGAUGCGGGUUAAAGAAGCCGGUAUAUUUUGUGAGUUGUAGAGAGUUAUUAUUGAAUAUCAUGUUUGAAAAUUUGAAAA